CCGUGUAACUUCGAAAACGCAUUUCGGAUUCGCGGACAAGUUGCAGAUGGAUAUUCGCAAUUACCGAUCAAUUUACCGGCACACAAGGUGGACUUUGACCAUUUGGAACAUUGAUUAAUAAAUAAUUUAUCCAUUGAUCAUAUUUUACAUGACUGACACGUUUUUCGGAGCGAAAGCACACGUCACGGCGACAAUUGUCACUGGCAAUUAUCACCUCGCUAUAGUGAUAAUAUAGUAAGGUCAAGGACAAAAGGCACAAAGCACAAAGCUUAAUUGAAGUAGGUGGACAAUGACGCUCUAAGAAAUUCGAAGUAACAUCAAGCUCGCCGGGGAUCACUCAACGUGCCAAACAUGUUACUUAAAGUCAACCGAUCGACAUGUUGCACGUAUGUGUGUUAUCGUUAAUGACAGUUAAAUGACCAAAACAAUAAAGUUAAUUAUUAGAGAUCAAUUAAUCGCUGUGGAGUUCGGUGUACCCCGCGUCUGCAUUCGAGUUCAUUGGCAUGGCCGGUUAUCAGCUUCGACGCAGACUGUUAAGAAAUACAGACGUGAUUCCAUCACGAAGCAAUGUGCCGCAAGAAGUUCGACAAGAAGCAAUGCAGUGAUAUUAAUGAUUCUCGAAUAUGGUUGCUAGUGACUGAUAACGCAAUCAACGUCUGGCGCAAAACUCUUUUUCCCGGGGACGGCAGACGUCACGGAGAGCAUGCAGAGCGGAAUUUACCGGUUCGGGAAGGGAAUUCACGCGGAAGAAGUUGAACAACUUACGCGAGUGACGAUCGCGAGUGACGAUUGUAAGCACGAUGUCGCGUGCAAGGGCGGCCGCAAAUUUCGUUAAGUACCACAAAGUCUGCUCGGAGGAAUCGUCCAAUCUCCUAGAUUCGAGUUAGCGAGCGGAAAACCAGUCGUUCUCCUCAGCUCGCCCGAGACAUUUGGAGGCGGUGGAGCCUUCGCGCAGUCGCUCUCCCACACUUCGCGAUCGAGACCAAUGCACCGGCAGAUCAAUCGAUCAUCGACACAUGAGCUAUCCGCCUGUCAUUCGUUCUGAAUAUCCUGUUGUGAUCGAGUGAAUGUUACUUGUCGUGCGCAGCAUAAUUACAGCCACCAAAAUCGAGCAUAAACAUACAUGACACCUAACUCGAAGACGAUCAGUAAUUUAAAUAGCCACGUUAUCGAGUAGAAUAUCCAGAUAAAUUUCCUAACUGCAGUCCCUGCGGCGAAACAGGCGAAAUGGCAAGCGUGGAUAAAGAUCUCGAGGAGCUCAUGUCCCAUUUGGGAGAAUUUGGCAAAUAUCAGUUCAGACAGUACUGCCUUCACUUACUCGCCACCAUUACGGCCGGUCUGCACAUGUUGUCUCUAUUAACGGUCGCAGCGGUACCGUCACAUCGUUGCGAUAUCCCGGAAACGAACGCAUCGGUCCUGACCAAGGACAUGUUCGAUUCGACCAUUCAAGACUGGAAUACUUCUUCGAUCAUGGACCAUCUCCCACGUCGUCUCGACAAUUGCCACUACCUGGAUCGCGACAACGUCACCCAGGAAUGCACUUCGUGGACCUAUGACACAACGUAUUUCCAGUCAUCGCGCGGUAUGGAGUGGAAUUUCGUUUGCUCAAGACGUUGGAUGGGCGCCGUGGCACAGUCCUCUUACAUGCUCGGCGUGUUUAUGGGCGCCGUCACUCUUGGUAGCAUGGCAGACAAGUACGGCAGGAAGAUCAUAUUCUACGUAUCCGCCGUGGCGCAGCUAUUGCUCGGAGUAUUGGUCGCCUUCGUGAACAACUACUACGUUUUCCUAGUUCUACGUUUCCUCUAUGGUAUCUUCGGCUCCGCCGGUGCGUACAUCACCGGAUUCGUGCUGACGAUGGAGCUGGUGGGCCCGUCCAGAAGGACUGUAUGUGGCAUAUUGUUCCAAUUGGCCUUCGCCGCCGGUUUCAUGUUGGUGGCCUUGUGGGGCGCUGUGCUUAAGGAUCGCAUGUGGCUGCAGAUCGUGUACGGUCUGCAUAGCGCAAUCCUACUCGGCCACUGGUGGCUGAUGGACGAAUCACCCAGAUGGUUGUGGGCGCACGGUCGUGCCGCCGAAGCGAUCGUCAUCGUGCAGAAGGGCUUGAAGGUGAACGGCAAGAACGUCCAGAUCGACGCCGCCAGAUUAAUCAGCAGGUCGAAGGCGCAGCAAGAGAUCAAGGAGGAUAAAUCGUACGGCGCGCUGGAUCUCUUCAGGACGCCGAAUCUUCGCAGGAAGAGCCUGAACAUCUGUCUCAACUGGUUCGCCAACUCGAUCGCCUAUUACGGACUGGCGCUCAACACGGGCAAUCUCGUCGGCAAUCCGUUCUUCAUGCUGUUUCUCAGCGGCGUGCUAGAGAUACCAGCGUACAUCUUUAUAAUAUUCACCAUGGACCGCGUCGGUAGGAGAUGCCUGGUCAGCUCGUUCAUGAUGAUGGGCGGCUUAUGCUGCGUCUGCGCUGCCGCCAUCACCGGUGCAACCAGCUCGCUGGUAGCCAUAGCCACGGUCACGAUAGUCCUCGUGGGUAAAGCCUGCAUCGCCGGCUCGUUCGCCGUGGUGUACAACUACACGGCCGAGCUGUUCCCCACGGUGGUGAGGAACACGGCCCUCGGAAUCGGCUCCAUGUGCGCGCGUCUCAGCGGCGCUCUCACCCCCAUGAUCUUCCUGUUGGACUCGCUGGACCCGCGAAUACCCGCCGUACUCUUCGGUCUCAUCGCCCUCGUGGCGGGCUUCUUGGCUUUCUACCUGCCAGAAACGCUGAACCAACCGAUGCCAGAAUCCAUUGAAGACGGCGAGAACUUUGGCAAGGGCGACACCUGCUUCACCACCUGUCUAGGCAGGGGUGCGAAAAUCGCCGCGAGCAACCACGAUAUCACGAUGAAUCAAGUACAUGAGAAAGAAAAGGAGAAACUAAAUGAUAUAUAAAACAAUCGCGUUGCCUUAUAGAAAAUUUAGUGCCUUUAAUUAGUACCUAUAGAUAUUAAUUGUAUGAAGAAAGCACAGACAUUUGUCUCGACGAUAUUGCGAAAUUAUUUUAGAGAUACGCUGGUAUUAGAGAUAUUCGUUAGAGAUACUUAUUCUUGGAGAUCAGUCCAUCCUAAAUAAUACGCAACUCAUCUCUUUAAAAGAUAUUUAGAUGCAAUUUAUAUGUAUAUUUAAAUUUUAAAUAUUCUAAUAUUUCGAUAACAAUAACGAUAUGAAUUAUAU